AGCCAGCAUUAAAGGAACUCGCUGACCGUCUUCGGAUAUCCAAUAACGAAAUAGUUUCGGUGGUCGCAGCAGUGCUGCGCUCUGCUAACCCGCCAGGCGAUCUGUCUGAGUUCCGGAUCUCGAGAGAGACUGCGAGACGGGCGCGAGCUUCACACCGUCGUCAGGUAGCUGCCGCACAAAGGGAAGCCUUCACGCCUCCACCACAUGCAGUGGUGCACUGGGAUGGUAAGCUGGUUAAGAACGUCGUGGGAGAAGAAGAACACCGACAGGCCAUCUUCAUCUCAGGGCGCGGCCAUGAGGAAGGGAAGAUGCUUGCUGUCUUGCCAGUGAAGGAUGGCACUGGCCUGACCCAGGCACGCGCAACAGCUCGUGCUAUCGAGGACUGGAGCUGCGCUUCAAACGUCAAGGCACUGUGCUUUGAUACAACGUCGUCCAACACAGGGCGAGUCCAAGGUGCGGUUGUCCAUCUGCAGGCGCUGCUGGAAAAACAGCUGUUGAGGCUUGGGUGCAGACACCACGUCAUGGAACUGGUGGUGAGAGCCGCUGCCAGCAACAUCUUCGGCAAAACAUCGGCCCCUACGGACCCUCUCUUCCAGACUCUUAAGAAAAGGUGGAGUCAACUAGAUCACUCUCAGUAUCUCAGGCUGGACAUUGCAAAUCUACCAGAGUCUGACUGGCUCAGUCACCUCCGACACAGGACCGUUAGCUACCUGCUGACCGUCUGCGUGGAUACUACCUCAAGAUCUGCAUGUUUAGCCACCAGCUAG